AUGUUGUGGGUGUUUGGUGCUGUUGUCUCCGGUAUAGGGCACGGGGGAGUGAACCAGCUGGGCGGGGUGUUCGUGAACGGAAGGCCUUUACCUGACGUCGUGCGCCAGAGGAUCGUGGAGCUCGCGCAUCAAGGGGUCCGACCCUGUGACAUCUCCAGACAGCUGAGGGUCAGCCACGGCUGCGUCAGCAAGAUCCUGGGCAGAUAUUAUGAGACAGGGAGCAUAAAGCCUGGAGUCAUCGGAGGAUCCAAACCUAAAGUGGCCACGCCGAAGGUGGUGGAUAAAAUAGCGGACUAUAAACGGCAGAAUCCCACCAUGUUCGCCUGGGAGAUCCGUGACCGGCUGCUGGCGGAGGGCAUCUGUGAUAACGACAGCGUCCCCAGCGUCUCCUCCAUAAACAGGAUCAUACGGACGAAGGUUCAGCAACCGUUUCACCCCUCUCCAGAUGGGACGUCUCUUUCCACCCCAGGACACACUAUAGUCCCCAGUACAGCAUCUCCUCCAGUCUCCAGCUCCUCCAAUGACCCUGUGGGCUCCUACUCGAUCAACGGCAUUCUGGGAAUCCCUCGCUCCAAUGGAGAAAAGAGGAAACGGGAAGCUGACGGAUCUGAGGGUUCAGCGCAGAGCAAUGAUUCUCAGGGCAGCGUGGAGAGCCUGAGGAAACACCUGCGAGCCGAUGCCUUCACCCAGCAGCAGUUAGAGGCUCUGGACCGAGUGUUCGAGAGACCGGCAUUCCCAGACGUCUUUCCCACUCCUGAACACAUCAAACCAGAGCAGGCGAGUGAAUACAGCCUCCCUGCACUAAACGCAGGUCUGGAUGAAGUCAAACGCAGUUUAUCCUCCGGCACGACCUCUGACCUGAGCGCCAGCGUGUCACAGAGCUACCCUGUAGGUCGGGACAUGGCCAACACGACCUUACCUGGAUAUCCCCCUCACGUCCCACCCACCGGACAGGGCAGCUACCCUACGUCCACACUCGCUGGAAUGGUUCCUGGAAGCGAAUUUUCAGGGAAUCCCUACAGCCAUCCACAGUACACAACCUACAACGAAGCCUGGAGAUUCAGCAACCCAGCAAUACUGAGUUCCCCCUAUUAUUAUAGUGCAUCCCGAGGCUCCGCCCCCCCAACUGCUGCCACUGCCUAUGACCGCCACUAGUUACCACGGAAACCAAAUUAGACAGCACGCUCAUGGACUCGGACUUCAUUUUCUGCGAGUGUGAGCAGUGCAGCUGAUUGGACAGAGCGGUUUCCUGCAGUCACAUGACGAAGAACAGACCAAUCAGGAACAAAAACAUCUCGACGACAAUUCAAGCAGUCGGGAAAAACGAUAAACGAACAAUAAAUGUAUAUCUGAAAGACUGAGGGUAAAUAUGAUUUUUAAAACAGAAUUAACAUCUGCUUUUUUAAUACUUUUAUAUUUUGUCCGCUCAUUAAUAUUAUUCAUAGGUAUUCAUACUUACAGAGGUUCUAGCUUAAAUAUAUAUGUAUUUGUUUGUUUGGAUAGUCACGGAAAUGAACGGUUGGACAUUUUCUAAAAUGAAAAUUGUUCAUAUAUGUAAAAGCAUUUUUGAUGCUGUCAAUGUGCUGAUUUUGUAAUUUUCAGUGUCUAUCCAAAUUCACAGAAAUGUCUAUGUUUAUGUUUAUUAAUGAAUACCUAAAAUUCGAACAAGUUCACCCUGGAUGUACACAUCUGACGAGGAAGAAACCCUUUCCAGCGCAUGGUUCUCCUGAUUCUCCUAAUAGGUUUCUCUCUCGGUGGGUCUCUGGACUGUGCAAAAACAUACAGUGAAUCUCCACUCAUCAUCGCACAGUAAACUUUCACUCAAUGCAGUAUGUACUCGGCAUGGAAAUAUAAAUCAAACAGGCCUUCUUCUCCCUCUCAACGCCAGCAGAAGAUCUCUCACACACUUCUGUGAGAAACAAUCAGAUACCAACAAGAAACCUGGAGACCAAUAUUUCAUCAAACUGUAAAAACCUGGUUAUACGCAGAUACAAUUUUGUAAGGUUUUUGUUUGUUUUGUAUAAUGACAGAAGUAUCACUAAGGACUCUACAGUAUGCAUGGAUUGUUUUCCUUCGUUAUGCAUUAUUUUUGUGUUUAUCAUAUUAAAUUCUCAGGGGGGAAUUCACUAAGAAUGAACCUGUAAGCGCCUGAUUUGU